GUCAGUUGUCAACACGUCGGUAAUGUAGAUUUCGUCAAGCCGCCAUUUUUGUCAUUUAAAAACCGUUUGUGUUGUGGGACGACGCUGUACCUUUGCCGGGUUAUUUUUGAAUGAAAAACGGGUAAUAAGUCAGUCGGUUGUGGUUUUAAAGCAGCGGCAGAAAUUUUCACACACGGGGCUUUAAAAAGUAAUUUUCUCAUUGAAGUGAUUGUGGUGAUGGAUAUGAUGAGUGGAAAUUGUUGCCGUUAGCUCUUAUCUCCACCGUCAAAGACAUGAGUCAAAAAGCCUCACGUCGUGGCCGCCGCCACACCAGCGAGGAGGACAAGUCGUCGUUGAAACCCCCAACCCCCAAACCCAACGGCAUCGAAGAAACACCCCCUGAAUUAACACCACCGGCGGAAGAACCAGAGACUGAAGCCCAGCCGCCGCCACCGCCCCCACCAGAAGAAGAAUCUCCCAAAGAGCCGCCGCCAAAGGAAGUGACCGAGAAUGAAAACGGCAUCGUGACCCGGAGCCGCUCCACCACGCCCCAAGUCAAGAAAGUGAACGGACAUGAAGACGAGGAGGAAAAGACGGACGUGGGGGACGUCUCCGAGGCGGACCUGGAGCCGGACCCGUCCAUCGCGACCGAUGAGCAGCACCCGGAGUUGAUGUUCGAGGAAAACUCGGAUAUGGAGUCGGGGAAAGGCUCGCCGGUGCUGAGCCGGUGCAAGACCCGGAGGUCGAUCUCGCGGAACGUGCCGACGCCGAAGACGCCCAAGUCGGUGGAGGGCGAGGUCGCUGGCGAGGAGGACAUGAACGCGACGUUUGAGUCGUGCUCGGAGGACGUCUCCACGAAGGCGCAAGUCGGGGGCGACUCCACGCGGCUGGAUUACACGGACCGUGAAGAAGGCAAUAGUUUUUUUCUCCAGGAGGCGAAGAAUAAAUCGUUCGGGGAGACGCUGAGACGCUUGUCGACGAGGAGGACGAUCAGGCCGAUCAGUGAGGAUUACAGGAAAAGACUGCUCCAGAAUAAUGUAGAGAAGAACGAGUAUCCGAGUCGGAAUAGUGUGGAGAGAAUAUCGGCGGUGGGGAUCAAGAGGAAGAGCUGCAGCCGGGAGGCGGAGGAGUGCAGCAAAAGGUUCAAAGGUGACUCUCCGGGGUUCUUCGCGAGGUUGACGAGCCCCUUAGCGAGUAUCAGGAAUCCGUUCCGAGCCGAUAUCCCGUCGAGCACACCGAAGCUGACGGGGUACAAGGAUGAGAAGUGCCUCAUCGAAGACGAUUGUGUUAAUUCGAAAAUGUGUGAAGUUAAAGAUGGAGAGAGGCGUUGGUGCUCGAUUAUGUAAAGGUUUCUCGUUACGUUAAUUAAUACUCUGUAUUUGCGGUUCAAGUACAAAAUGUUUUAUGUGUUUGACCAAUCACGAGCAAAAUUUAGAAAUUUGAAUUUCUAUGAAACGAUUUUUAUUUGCUGAUCUGGAUUUUUAGAGUAGGUUGUCAUAUUAUUAUUUAAUAGCGACUCGAUGUAGCAAUUUCUUUAAAUAUGUUGGUUACUCUUUUUAAAUAAAAUAUACAAUAAAUACAA